CUUGCCUCGGCGAAACAGAAAUCAUUUUAUCGGUUGCAGCCAAAGCGUGAAGGUGCUAGAUCUUUAGGAGGGGAUAUGAGUAGUGCGCUUAGAAUAGCUAGUUGAUAGUCUGUGACUCCAUUGAUUUAAGAUACUGAGUGCCACCUGUACCUUUGAGUUACCACAGAGCUUCGUUAUUGCACCAAUCGCAACACUAGGUUAAAAUCUCUUGGCAAAGAAAGAAAGGCCAAUUUGAUUUCGAUUUGAAAUCAAGCUACCAGCAUUGUGAAGGAAGUUUAAUCAGGAUACGAACAUCAUUCAAGUUGAAACACAAGGAAUUAAUCUAUUUGAGGGUCACCCAAAGAUUCUUAUCACCCCAUUGAUACCUUGCAACAAAGAAGCAAUAAUUGGAUAAACCCCAAAUUGGAAACGCCAUUGCAGGCAGCGUCUACUUUCGACAAGCAACAGGAAUUGAGAUAGAUGCUCAGCGAUAGGAGUGCUGUUGCCGACCAUAGGAAGGAAGAAAGCAUAAGAGCGACGAUCAGGAAUCAGCGGAAUUUAAACUUCUUCUGAGUCAGACGUUUGAUUUGGUUUAUCCCAAGCGGGAGAGAACAGCCCCCGCAAGACGAGAGAUUUAAGGUUGUGAGCCAAGGGAGAUGACAGAGCCUGGGAACGUCUGGUGAAAGAGAACGAUCGGAUCAAGGUGCUGCCAAUGUAAACUCCGUGCCGUCUCUGUGGAUGAGCUUAGCUGUGUAGGGCACCUUGAGAGACUGGGAGGUCUCGCUGCUUCGGAGCGGAAGUUAGAUGAUCGAUCGAGAUACCCUGUGAGUGAGUGGGGCAGGAAAACGUGCUAAAUCAGGAGUGCGCUUUGAAUAGAGGAGUACGGAAGCAAGUCUUAUGGAGUAACUUGUACCCAUGAUUUGCCUGUGACUGUGAGGGACUCCACUGCAUUCAUCAAUGACUUGUAACUUAUUGACUCUGCAAAAAAGAAGGUGAUCUUGAUAAGAGUUCUGCAUCGUUGAAUGACACUGGAAUAGUUCAAACGGAAGCAUUAGAUCAUCAACAUCCUCGAGACUGUAUCUUUAACAUUCCCUGUACUUGUAAACGACCUGCCUGGCCAUGGAGAUGACUGUUUUUGUGACGGUAGCACUGACACACCUUUGCUUACAAGUGUCUGCCCAGUUUAUAGGGAACAUUCCUGCUAAUGGAGGUUUUGUAUCCGAAGGAGUCCAACCGCCUAUCGACCCCCUGGACCCCUGGGCUUCUGUGGGCAUGACCUACCCAUCUAUCCCAAGUAAACCUGGACAACCUGGUUUCUAUCCGCUUCCAGGUUACCCUCUUCCAGGAGAUCCCAUGCAUCCGGCUAAUCGUGGUAACCCUCCUGUGCCUCCUCCUCCUCCGCAGAACCCCUGGCUACCAGGUCGGCCUGGGGUGGGAGUUCAACCAGGAACACGAGUGCAGCCUGGUGCAGGACCAGGCAACAACCCCAAUACGGGUAGGGGUAACACCGGGACAUCACCAAUCAACCCUUUUAAACCCCCAGUUCAACGGCCACCGGUGCAGCGGCCACCAGUGCAGAGGCCACCGGUGCAGCGGCCACCAGUGCAGAGGCCACCGGUGCAGCGGCCAACGGUCCAGCAACCACCGGUCCAGCGGCCACCAGUCCAGCGGCCACCGGUCCAGCGGCCACCGGUCCAGCGGCCACCGGUCCAGCGGCCACCGGUGCAACGACCACCUCAAACGCCACGACCAAGACCAACCCGCCCCAACAGGCCAUCAACACCUGGAGUAAACACCCCAGGACGUGGUAAGGGUCCCAUUGUCGUUGAGCCAGUAGGUCCAAGGGUCACCACUCCAAGGAGACCUGCAACCCCACCAAACAGAAGACCAACGUUCCCUCAAUAUCCACAGGCUGGUGCCACACCCUCGCAGCCUUUCAUGACCUGCUCCCAGAACCCCUGUCAGAACAGAGGAGUCUGCACCAACGACCCGUUCACAGGGUUCAAAUGCGAGUGCCGGCAUCUUUACCUUGGAGAGCGUUGCGAGGUCAUCAUCUCUCCUCCUCAGCACAUCAAUAUUGACACCGUAGCGACAACCCGAGCAUCUAUUUCUUGGAGAGUGCCCCCUAGCAUCGACGAGGAGAUAUCAGGAUUUAUCGUGCAGUACAACAAAUUUGGAUUUGAUACCUUUUUCUACAGUCCUUUUAUUCAUCCAUCGGUUGCGGAUUUCACAUUAACAGACCUGGAGCCUGAUUCCCAGUACACCGUCUGUGUGAGCACCAUCCUUGUCAACCACACCCAGACCAAUGCUGUGCUUCGGGAUCAGUGUGUGGAGGUUCGGACACGAUCACUAUCCCUCAACGAGACGGGUCUCCCGGUCACGAUGGUAGCCAUCAUUCUUGGAGGAGUUGUGGUUGCCCUGAUCCUGGUCAUGCUCCUGGCUCUGUGCUGUCAGCGCAAGUGUCUUCAGACGAGGCGUGCGGUCUUCGGAGCUGCCGCAACGGUCAGACGAGUUCGCCAUCAACAGAUGUGCGAGAUCCACGGGAAUCCAAAGGCACCUUUAACAGCCCGCCUUACCGGAAAAAAGAAGCCGUCUAAAAAGGAACACCAGUAUAGCAAACCUGGGCCCCCAGUCAAGGAACGGGCGCUUCCAAAGAUAUCAUCCCCAAACAACAGGGUUCAGCCAAGCCCAAGAACGCAAGCUGCGUUGAUCCAAAAGACAGUAGUGCCAGUGCAGCACGCGAGGAAACCAGAUAUCACCACGGCACAUAUUGCGAAGAGAUGUUUUCACGCCAACAACGCAAACAGCACGUCCGCAAAGGAUCAACUCAUCAUUGAUAUUCCACCAACAGUACCUGAACAUGACAUUUGCAUGAAAGCGAUCAAGACAGCGGCACGGAAGCCGAACGACUACGCCACGCAGCAGAGCUACUAUGCACGCUCCUACUCCAUCUCCAGUUCUGAAUACACCGAACAUUCCAUGUACGGGGGCCGAAGACUGUCUCCCCUCUCGAUGACAGCAGCUGCAAAGACCACCACGCAUCCGCCAUCGAAUGUCAUUCGUGCUCUUCCUAGGACUGUCAGCAGCCAUAUGAUGCGCCUUAAGAACGCUCGCGACAAGGACGCGACCACAGACUUUGAUAUGGCCAGAACAUACUUCUUGCCAAAAGCAUGAUGAUGCUGCAACUGUUAUGUCAUUCGCACUCUUCCUAGGACAGUCAGGAACCACAUGAUGCGCAUUAAGAACGCUCGCGACAAGGACGCGACCAGAGACUUUGAUAUGGCCAUAACGUACUUCUUACCAAAAGCAUGAUGAUGCUGCAGCUGUUUCAACACUUGUGGAACUUCUUGCGAUGCGUGGACGUUCAAAGACCAUGCGUCCUUCAGUACCUACUUGAAAAUAAGUCUUCAGCAAAAGGCAGAUCAAAGAACUCUGCAGUUCUACAGCUGACAGACUGAAGACAGACUAUAACUUAUCAAGAUUUAGCAUGGUCUCGAGCCCAGAAGCUAUCAAGCUGAAAUAGGACACGAGUGUCCUGACAAAGUACAAACGUACAUGCAGAUAUUUUCUAUCAAAUUGUAAAUAUGUAAACUUAUGAAUCAAUCAAGUAUCAACAAAUGGUGGAGAUUAAAGCAACGAUGUCUUUGGGCGAGCAUAAAGAAAAGAAAUUGAUAGCAUGCAAAAGUAAUAGCUUGAUCAUAGAAUACCCUGAUCAAACCUGUAUAAGUUGUUAAAGGGUGCUUUAAAGUUCUUCUACUUUGCCAAAAAUGUUCAUAACUUGAAGUAAGGAUAUAUGUAUGUGUUACAAUAUUUGGAGAGCCUGCGUAAUAAUGUUGGAGCAUAUUGUUCUAUCAAUCAUUAUUACACAAUUUCUCUAAUAUUUGGAUGGGUCACUGUAACACAGUAAAUCUGUGAGAUUCCAAUAAAGAAAGUAACACAGUGGCAUUCUUUUCAAGCCAGAGACAAGGGGAGACAAAAAACAGCAGAGAAGAAAUAGCUGCAAGAAGAAAAGUUUAAGUCAAAGUUGGAGAAAUUUCAUAUGUAUUGGAACAAAAAUGCUUAGAUCGAAGAGGCAUAUGGCACUUGUGAUGCUGCUAGAAAAAAGGGCCUAAUGAAAAUGCCACAAUUAAGCAGGCCUGUCUCUGGAAGAAAGAAAAAUGUGAACAGGAAUACUUUUGACCAACAGAAAAAAUGUGCAAAGGAGACAGCACUACCUGAAAUGUGCACUCUAAAGGAGUUGUGUACAUGUAGAUGAUAGUGUGAAUGACAUUAUUGCAUUUUCCAGAUUAUGUGUUUGGUUACUAUCAACAUUUGUGUUAAUGAUUUUUAAGUGUCACCCAGCCAAACUGUUUUACAUUUUAAUAUUUUGUAGAUAAUUAAGGAAAGAAUAAUAUGCAUAUAUAUUUUUCUGAAGGAUUGUUCCUUUUUUUGUAUAUCUUUCGGGGGGAAUGUAAGGUCUAUAUUCUAUCAAAAUUACACCCAAUGCUGGUUAUCGGCAAAUGGACAAAGGAAGUUAAUAGUCUGAGGCCAAAGUUUUCCUUAUGUUAAACAUGAUUUUAGACCCAUGGUUACGUGUCACUGAAUUAAUAAAAUAUGGAUGCAAGUAUUUUGGUUUGUGUUCAUGACCUGUGCUACUCACCAGAUACAAAACAAGCCUCUAACUUCAAAUUUGAAAUCUCCCCAUGAAGCUAUAAUACUAACAAUCAUUUUGCGAUAUAUUUCAUCAAUAUUUAAAUGUAAUAUGAUGUUGAAUUCUUUGCUAAAUAAUGGAAUGGAACAAUAGCUCAGCUUUAACAGAAUCCAUGAUAUGCUUUAACUUUAUGUAUAACUUGCAAGCACUUUGUAAAAUACACUUGAAAACGUGACAAAUGGAACCAUCUUGGAUUCCAUGACUUUGUAGAUUUCCAUUCAUGUAAUUUAUUGUAUAUAGUGAUGAGAAGAAACAGCUAUGAUUGAAAAUUAAUAAAAAAAAGAUGAAAAGAAA